ACUUAAUCCGACGCGGACGACGGCGGGCGCCCGCCUAGUCCCCGCCUCGUAAUCGAAAUCUCUGCCGGCAAUGCGCCCCCGCGCAGACGCGCCCUUGCUGCUGCUGCUCUGUGCUAUCGCGGCGUCUCCCCUCGCGCGCAUCUCUGUAUCCGCGGCCCUGGUUAACGUCACCAUCGACGACACGUUCGGAGACGAGUCCAACGGGAACCAGAUCUCCUACGAGCCGCCAACAUUGUGGAGUGUUGGGCAGAGCUGCAUAGGGUGUACGGCGCACCCCGAUCCUACGCUUACAUUCAACGGGACCUGGCACGACUCGACGUACAACGAGACGCAGAAUAAUGACCCAUCCGUCCAGGUAUCUACUGCGGCAGCAGUGUUCAACGGCACGGCUGUAUACGUAUUUUGUAUCACCACUCGCUCAAGCGUGUCUCCCGAUGGCAAUUCCGACAUGAGCUUCUUCAUCGACGGCGACCUGGUCGGGGUGUUCGUCCAAGCACCAAACGGAAGCACAGCCUACGAGUACAACGUCCCCGUGUACGUCAACGAGUCAUUACCUGCUGGUACACACACCAUCGCUAUCGUGAACGGCCAACCCGGAGCCAGCAAGUCGCUCGUGCUCCUCGACUACAUCGUCUACAGCCACGAGGUGGCAGAUGCAGCUUCGUCUCCGAGCACGACACCGCCGCCGCCAUCUUCCCCGCAGCCUGUGGCCGCAAGCGCACCCACCUCAUCUUUGACGCAGCGCCCAUCUCUUGCCGCGAACACUGGUUCCGUCAACUCUUCCCAGAAGCGCACGAUCACCAUCGCGGUCGCCACUGUUUGUGGCGUUUUAGGGCUCGCGGCUAUAAUCAGCAUAGUCUCGUGGUGCUGUAUCCGGCGCCGGCGAAAUAACUACAGCCCGCCCUCGGAGCGCGACGUCAUCCCCCGGAGUCCGUCCCACAUCGAGGUGAACCCUGCGACGAGCGGGUGGGCGGAAGGGACGUGGGCGGAGGGCCAAGAGGACUAUCCACACUCUGCUACGUCGCCCACUGCACGUUCGCGCGGUAUGCUCGCCCCUGGGCCGCGCAAGAUGUCCGGGCGGCGGAAGCGCGAGGCUCCAAGUUCCCGCGCGACCUCCUCCACCGACCCAAGCUCCGCCCCUUCUACCCCAGCGCGCAGUCCGAUCGUGCCGCCAGCCAUCCUGAGCGCCAUCCCGACGUUCCGCACCUUCUCGCCGUCGCGCGCGGACCCACCAGGGAGCCCUGCAUCGUCGUCGUGGGGCACUCCGGCGAGCAUGGCGCCGCCGGACUCGGCGACAUACCUCAUUGCGCCUUACGUCUCCCGCUCCACGUCGAAUGUGACGCUCAAUCGUGCAUACCAAGACGCAGGCGGAUCGAGUACCACCCUGUCAAGCCACAACGCGCAUCCAUUCGCGAAGGCACAUGCAGUAGAAGCCGCGCCCAUCGCUCGCUCGCGCUCUGGCACGACGCGAUCCGCAGCGGGCCCCAGUUCACAUCCGCAUCCUUCUAAUUCAAACCCCCCACCCAUCCCGUCGGCCUUCGCUUCACAUGCGCGACAUGGCGGCUACCCCGCUGAGAAGGGACGGCGCGCCGGUGGUUCGCUGGACAGCAGUCUGACGUCGCCAACCACCCCUCCGAGCGCCCCGUACACCCUCGACACCGAUGAAUCCUUCCUCCCUUCACCUUCACCCGCCGACCCGUCCCCGCUUUCCUCAAUGCAGGCUAUGCAGAGCCGUAUGCCAGAACGGCAACCGUCACAGCGGCAACAGCAGUCUGCCCUCCAGCCGUCAGCAUCGCAGCGACGACGACGCGUCGACCCCGUCGACCCGAGCAUGCAGCCCUCGCGCGAUAUGGCGCGGGCAGACACGCGCCCCCUGCGCGUACGCGGCGCCGGGCCCGGGGCCAGCGCGCACGCGCAGACGCAGUCCGAUACGUCGACGCUGCGCCCGCGGCCGACGGGCACGACGACGUUCUUCCAGCGCGACCGGCGGCGGAGACACGGGACGGCCGACGUCCCGGUCGACGCCGCGGACAGUCGCCCGCCGUCGUACCGCGAGUCCGGGUAGCUGCGGCUCGGGCUCGGGUCCGCGGCGGUCGCCCCUCGCUCGGAGAAGCACCCCUUCUUAACGUUCCUUCGUUCGCUUCGCUUCCGGCUCUUCGAUCGAGAAUCCGCGCGCAGGCCGGCGUUUUCGGUAUUUAACCGCAUCUGUAUGUAGUUACACCAUCCCCUCACUGCACGUCCCCUUCCCCGGUCCCUCGCCCACACGCACAUACAGAUUCCUCUAGCUAGCUGUUUACCUACUUACCUACCUACGCCCCCGAGCC